GGCUUACGUUGAGAGGAAAGUGGGCAGAGCCGCUGAAGGAUAUCAGCUCAGGCGGAGGCGGAGAGGAGGACACACGCAGCAGAGGAGCGAGGCGGUGAGGACGGAGAGGAGGAAGGGCGCAACGAUGCGCCUCAAAGACCCACCAAAACGACGAAAAUCGCCCAGAAAUGACUCUCUGGCCGCGGCAGACGACGGGGGAUAGACCCGGCCCGAUAAAUGGGGGUUCCCCUUGAUGUUUAACAAACAACGUCAAAGAAGACGGGACAAUGUUUCUCCCAGGCCAAAUGGGCUGACAUUUAGCCAUCGUGACUUGAAGGAUUCGGGUGGUUCACGCUACAGUGGAGAUUUCAGGGACUUGAGAGACCGGAGAGAAGAUGUUCAAGUUGAAAGGAAAAAGAAGACGGCUCUACCCCAUUCAACUGGAUAUUGCUGAAGUGGAGACAGCGUUGUUUAACGUGAAGAUGGCAAGCGAUUUGGCGGUUAGCCAAAUUUUGACGAGAUGAAACCUUUUUUUCUGACUGGACUUUGUCUUUUGGAUUUUUAUUUUUUUACUACGUCGUGGACUCUGGAACACCGUUGCUGGCCCGUACAGUGGACACGUUAAAAAAAAUUAUUGUUUUUUAUUUUUUGGGGAACACAAAUCAUCAGCCUUUGUGUACAUUUGAUAUUCAAAUGUUGUUUCAAAUAAAGUGUAUGUCCUCGUAUUUUUCCCUGGCUUUGUUUCAUUAGCUAGUUCACCAGAAAACCACACAUUUGGCGCUAUGCUUUGAAUACGUUCACGUACCUCAUCUCGGAAAUUGGUUUAAUUAUUUCAGCUAAUCCAUACAAAAAAUAAUUUUGGUCUCCAGUGACUUGGUGUUAUUGUCGAGGUUGGCCCAAAUUAUUUUAAGGGUUAAGUUAUUACGCUUCGUAUUGGGUUGACGAAUCUUGCGAAGUAAUAAUCUAUUUUCCUGGAGUUGCUGUCCAAAAGAAAUAAUCGCCUUGAUUGACCAAAAACGGGUAAAUGGUUGAUGAAAAUGCACCUUUGUGCUUUAAUCAGUGCCACUGGAAAACCUUAAACUCAAAAAACAACUGAAGAAAACACUCACUUGUACAAGAAGUUUAAAAGGAUUUCAGUCUCAACCAUCUUUGGUCUGAUCACAAAUGGUUUCCAUGCCCUGUCUAAAAUGGCUACUGCUUGUCCUUCUUCCUGUCUGGGCAGGAAGUGAUGCAGUUGGUGCAAAUAUAUACUUUUACAGCCUAUCUGCAAUCUUACCUGUUAUGUAGUGAGAAAAAAGGGUUUCCCUUUGAGGCUUGUGUCUCAGGGAUGAAAAUAUAUGCAAGUUUAAAUAAAAGCAACAUUUAAACAUAAUAAAAAGGGGUGGGACUUAAACAUCACCUGAGUGUGGGGUAAAUGGAAAUAACGUCAAUCAAAGGCAAAGCUUUCAGAGCAGGGAAGGAGCUCUAGAUGGCGGCUGAGCCUUGGGAAGGGUGCCAUGGGCUUUCGUCAGACCGUUCCUUCAGCCUCGAUUUCGUCCGCGACCGCUUGAAUUUUGCGAUAUUUUGAGCGCUACGACUAUCCGGUCGCCUUUUUUAACGCGAAUAGGCGCGUUUCGGGUGUUUUUCGGGCCGUUUUUGUGUGCCGUGAGAGCCGCUUGUGCUGGUGGAGAGCUCGUCGUUGUUUUCCAUACAGGGCUCUGGCAGCCAUGGCGCGCCUCCAUUUUUAGUGGUGCUGCUCGCCUCUGUCGCUCUGAGACUGUCAGUAGAUGAAGACUGUAAAGGCCUACAGUACGCUACGAUAGGCUUAUUUGUUUUGUUUUCUUGUCAUUUAUUAAGCUAUUGUAGAUUUAUUUUUAUUUUUUUUACAGUUUCUUUCUUUUAUUCCGAGUCGCAUAAAUAUUUAAACCGAUAGCAGCGAACGAGGCUCGUAAUAGUCCCUUUAUGGACUAGCACCUUUUCUCCACAUUGAAUUGACAUGUUUACACUGUGUGGUGAACAAUUUACAGCUUUUUCUCAUCCUUAAAUGUUAUUUUUCUAAAGCUUCAUCUGAUGACGCAGUUACAAUUAACUGCAUGCGGCUCGAUCCUAUAGUGAAAGAGACACGGUGGAUAUUUAACUUAUCGUAACAGCACCUGUCAUAUUUUUCUCCCCCACCUCUGGAUUUUAUUUACAUUAUCGGUGUAAAUAAUGGUCACCAAUUGCUUCGACUUAAUGUCAUUUUUCUGCACUCGUGUCGCACCGCCUGGGUUUUGACUGCCACCUGAGCACAGGCAAAUCUUGUGGGACUUGUAUGAUAGUCCAUGCUUCCUCUUAACUUUUUGACAGUAAAUACCGGGACAAAAGGAUCACCCUGUCACAUUUUCAGGACACUACGAUGAUGAAGACUAAAAGUAAAAAGCAAGAAGAUGAGGGAUCGACUCAUAGCAACGCAUCAAGCAAUUCAGCUUCAGAGGAGUCCAACCGCUCUGCGUCGGAGUCGGGAAGUCAGUCAGAGAGCGAGCAUGGUAGUGAGAGGAGGAGAUCCCACAACUCCGAGUCAAACAGCUCCUCGGAGUCGGAGAGUCGCUCGGAGUCAGAGUGCGAGUCCGCCGGGUCCAAAUCACAGCAAACCACAGCCGAGGUCAAAGACAAGCCAGUUAGAAAGAAGGAGCGUCUGGCAGAUGUGAAAAAGAUGUGGGAAGAACAUCCAGAUGUGUACGGCGUCAGGAGGUCAAACCGCAGCAGGCAGGAGCCGGCUCGCUUAAACAUCGGAGCCGAGGGCAGCAGCGACUCGGAGGGGGAGAGUCCUAAAAGAAAAACGUCCCGGGGGAAGAAAAAGGAAAAUAUCUGGAAAGAUGAUGAUGAAGAGGAGGAGGAGGAGGAUGAGGAGGAGGAGGAGGCUUCCGACAGUACAGACAGUGAGCAGGAAGAGAAAAAAGUUAGAUCCAGACGACUUCCUGCUAGAAGGCCUCAGACCAAAUCGUCAGGUUCCAAAAAGCAGCUGUCUCAGAAAGGAAGGAAGUCCAGGAAGCAGGAGUCGUCCGCUGAGGAGGAGGAGGACGACGACGACGAAGAUGACGACGACGACGGAGAGGACACUCCGAAGAGACAGACUCGAAGGAGGGGGGCCACUAAGGUCAAGAGUUACAAGGAGGACCAACACGACUUUGAAACGGACUCUGACGACCUGAUCGAAAUGACGGGCGACGCCGGAGAGGAGCAGCAGGAUGACGACAGCGAGACCAUUGAGAAAGUCAUGGACACCAGGACCGGCAAAAAAGGAGCCACUGGAGCCUCCACCACUGUGUAUUCUGUGGAGGAGAACGGGGACCCGUGCGAAGGCUUCGACCCCGAGAAAGACGAAGGGGAGACUCAGUAUCUGAUCAAGUGGAAGGGCUGGUCCUACAUCCACAACACGUGGGAGAGCAUCGACUCUCUGACGCAGCAGAAGGUCAAGGGACUAAAGAAACUGGACAACUUCAAAAAGAAGAACGACGAACUGUGUUCAUGGUUGAGGAAAGCGUCUCCAGAGGACCUGGAAUUUCACAACUGCCAACAGGAGCUCACGGCCGACUUGAACAAGCAGUUUCAGAUUGUCGAGCGCAUCAUUGCCACAAAAACAGGAAAGACGCCAGGAUCCUCUGACUUCCCCUCUCACAGUCACAAGACGCCGUCCUCCAACGAACCGGAGUACCUGUGCAAGUGGAUGGGCCUGCCCUAUGCAGAGUGCAGCUGGGAGGAUGGAGCGUUGGUUGGAAAGAAGUUCCAGCACUGCAUCGACAGCUUCACGAACCGAAACUCCAACAAAACCGUCCCCUCUAAAGACUGCAAGGUAUUAAAACAAAGGCCGAGGUUUGUUGCAUUGAAGAAACAGCCGUCGUACAUUGGCGACGAUAACCUCCAACUGAGAGAUUAUCAGCUGGAUGGGUUGAACUGGUUGGCUCACUCCUGGUGCAGGUGCAACAGCGUUAUCCUCGCUGACGAGAUGGGACUGGGAAAGACCAUCCAGACUAUCUCCUUCCUGUCUUACCUCUUCCACCAGCACCAGCUCUACGGGCCCUUCUUAGUGGUGGUGCCUCUGUCCACGCUCACCUCCUGGCAGAGGGAGUUUGACACCUGGGCCCCAGACAUGAACGUGGUGGUCUACCUUGGCGACGUCAUGAGCAGGAAAACGAUCCGCGACUACGAGUGGGUGAACCAUCAAACCAAAAGAAUCCGGUUCAACGCGCUGCUCACCACGUAUGAGAUCCUGCUUAAAGACAAGGGCGUCCUCGGGAACAUUAACUGGGCGUUCCUGGGCGUGGACGAAGCUCACAGGCUGAAGAACGACGACUCGCUGCUCUACAAGACGUUGAUGGAGUUCAGGUCGAAUCACAGGCUCCUCAUUACGGGGACGCCUCUGCAGAACUCCCUCAAAGAGCUCUGGUCCCUGUUGCACUUCCUCAUGCCCGACAAGUUUGAUUCCUGGGAGGAUUUUGAGGACGAACACGGGAAAGGACGGGACAACGGUUACCAGAGUCUCCACAAAGUCCUCGAGCCUUUCCUGCUUCGACGCGUCAAGAAAGAUGUGGAAAAAUCUCUCCCGGCCAAAGUGGAACAAAUCCUGCGUGUAGACAUGUCUGCACAGCAGAAACAGUUUUACAAGUGGAUUUUAACGAGGAAUUACAAGGCUCUUGCAAAAGGGACCCGAGGCAGCUCUUCAGGCUUCCUGAACAUUGUAAUGGAGCUUAAAAAGUGCUGCAACCACAGUUUCCUCAUUAAACAGCCGGAGGAGGUAGAGAAUGAAACACAGCUGGAUUACCUGCAGAGUUUAGUGCGGGGCAGCGGGAAGCUCGUUCUGCUCGACAAGCUGCUGACCAGACUCAGAGAAAGAGGCAACAGAGUCCUGAUCUUCUCCCAGAUGGUCCGGAUGUUGGACAUUCUGGCUGAAUACCUCGCUAAGAAACGAUAUCCAUUCCAGCGGUUGGACGGAUCCAUAAAGGGAGAAAUACGAAAGCAAGCACUGGACCACUUUAACGCAGAAGGCUCAGAGGACUUCUGCUUCCUGUUAUCCACCAGAGCUGGAGGUUUAGGUAUUAACUUGGCCUCAGCAGACACCGUAGUCAUCUUCGACUCUGACUGGAACCCUCAAAACGACCUGCAGGCACAGGCCAGGGCCCACAGGAUCGGCCAGAAGAAACAGGUUAAUAUAUAUCGACUCGUCACCAAAGGAACGGUGGAGGAGGACAUCAUCGAGAGGGCGAAGAAGAAGAUGGUCCUGGACCAUCUCGUCAUUCAGAGGAUGGACACCACCGGUCGGACCGUGCUGGACAGCAACUCAGGAAACACAAACUCAACCCCGUUCAACAAAGAGGAACUGACCGCUAUUCUCAAGUUUGGUGCUGAGGAACUUUUCAAAGAAGCAGAAGGAGAAGAGUCAGAACCACAGGAGAUGGAUAUUGAUGAGAUCCUGAGGUUGGCCGAGACGAGGGAAAGCGAUCAAGGCUCCAGUGCGACGGAUGAACUUCUGUCUCAGUUUAAGGUUGCCAAUUUCUCCAGUAUGGAAGAAAGCACUCAAGACUUUGAGGACAAGCCCACGCGGGAAUGGGAAAGUAUCAUUCCUGAGGAGCAGCGGCGUAAAAUCGAGGAGGAGGAGAAGCAGCGGGAGAUGGAGGACAUCUUCAUGUUGCCCCGGAGCAGGAGCUCCAAUAAGAGGGCUCGGGCCAAUGACAGCGACAGCGACGUGGGCUCCAAGCUGAAGAACCGCUCCUCGGGCUCCGAGAGCGAGACCGACGACAGCGACGACGACAAGAAGCCCAAGAAGAGGGGGAGACCCAGAGCUCGCAAGAACAACGUGGAGGGCUUCACCGACGCAGAGAUCCGCAGGUUCAUCAAGGCAUACAAGAAAUUUGGAUCUCCACUUGAAAGGUUGGAGGCCAUUGCCCGAGACUCUGAGCUGGUGGACAAAUCUAUAGCAGAUCUGAAGAGACUCGGUGAACUCAUUCACACUAGCUGUGUGGCUGCGGUGCAGGAGCACGAGGAACACCUUAAGGAGAACCCAGUUGAAGCCAAAGGUCCUGGGAAACGACGAGGAAUUAAUAUCAAAAUCUCAGGAGUUCAGGUCAACGCCAAGUCGAUCAUUCAGCACGAGGAGGAGUUUGAGCCUCUGCACAAAGUCGUACCAGCCAACCCCGCUGAGAGGAACAAGUUCCAGCUGACGUGCAGGGUGAAGAUCGCUCACUUUGAUGUGGACUGGGACCUGCAGGACGACGUCCAGCUCUUGCUCGGCAUUUACGAGCACGGCUUUGGCAACUGGGAUCUGAUCAAGACGGAUCCUGACCUCAAACUAGCUGAUAAGAUCCUCCCAGACGACCCAAGCAAGAAGCCUCAGGCCAAGCAGCUGCAGGCGAGGGCCGAGUAUCUCCUCAAGCUGCUGAAAAAAGAGCAAGACAGCACAGAUCAGUCUAAAGGAGGGGAGGAGGUCAAAGUGAAGAAGAGGAGGCCUCGCGCGAAAAAGGAGAACAAGGUUCUCAAGGACGAGCAGGGCAAUGACAUCUCGUCCCCGCGCCUGUCCGACAACCCGUCAGAGGAGGGCGAGGUCAAGGGCGACGGAACAGAGAAGUCCCCCGUCAAGAAGAGACCAAAGAAAAAGGACAACAAGGAGAACAAGGAGAAACAGGGAACUCCUAAAAAGGAGAAGGACGGGGACAAAGAAAAGAAGGGAACCAAGCCCAGGAAAGAAAAGGCUAAAGGCGGCAGAGGGAAGAAGACACAAGGUCCAGUUCACAUCACAGCUGGAUCUGAGCCCAUCCCCAUCGAAGGAAAGGAGGACGAUGAACUCGACCAGGAGACCUUCAGCAUUUGUAAGGAGCGCAUGAGGCCGGUGAAGAAGGCCCUGAAGCAGCUGGACAAACCAGACGAGGGCCUCUCGGACCAGGAGCAGCUCCAGCACACACGCACAUGCCUCCUGAAGAUCGGAGACCGAAUCACAGAGUGCCUUAAAGCUUACAGCGACCCUGAACACGUCAAAAUAUGGCGAAGAAACCUCUGGAUCUUUGUGUCAAAGUUUACAGAGUUUGGUGCCAGGAAGCUUCACAAACUUUACAAAAUGGCUCAGAAGAAGCGAUCGCACGAGGAGGAGAAGGAGCACAAGAAGAAGGAGGACCCCUCGGGGAGGGGGAAGUCCUUCAGACCCGAGCCCUCCGGUUCCAGUCGGGACUCCACGGGUACUCAGCUGUCCUCCAAGCCUGGAUCUCACCCUCCUGGAUCCCACGGACACCACAGAGACUACAAUGCGUCCAACAAGCGCCACUUUGUUAAUGACGAUCGAGGAGACUGGCAGAGGGACCGUAAAUACAACUACCCUAGUAACAGCAACCAGUCCUGGCAGGGAGACCGGCAUCACCCGUACGACCCCCAUCGCUAUAAAGAUCACUACGGUGACCGCCGUCCGCACGGAGACUCGUACCGCAGCUCGGGCAGCUACCGCAACAACAGCUCCCCUCGGAAAAGACCCUACGAGCCGUACAGCAACGACCGGGACCACAGGGGGCACCGGCCCUACUAUGACAGGCAUCCCGACCCUAAAAGAAGGCGUCCUGACGAUUUCCGUCCCAACUACCACCAGGGAAGAGAAGGCCCCCUUCAGGACUUCAGGCGGAUGCCGGAGCACAGGCCGGCGGGUCCGUCGGGGCCGGAGCACUACAGCAGGCCCUUCCACCCGGACAAACCUCCCCCGCUGCUGGACCCCCGCUCCCCGCAGGCCCAGAAGUCCCCCCAGGACUCCCGGUCUCCCCUGGAGAGGCCCGUGGAGCCCAACGCCAUUGCAGACCCAAACUGGAACAACAGGAAAACAUAAAGUCCGCCGGAGCAGACCGGAGGAGCUGAUCUGAAGAGUUUCACCCAGGGUCAACGCCACAAGCUGCUGCUGCUGAUAAUAAUGAUGAUGAUGAUGAUGAUGAUGGACAAGUCUGGCCAAUUAUAAGCUCACAGUGGAAAAGGGAAUCAACAUAUGUAUGCUCUGUACCAGCAAACCAAACUAUUUUUCCCUCCCGGUGACUGUGGCUGCAAGCGAUUUGCGCCCAGAAGGAGCGAAAUGUCUCCUUCUGUCUUCAAGAUGAACAAAAGAAAAAAACAUGUAUCUUUAUUUAAAUGAACUGACUCAUCAGUUAUUCAUAGUAAGACUGAGUGGAACACUUCACGGAUGCUUAGUCCCAUGGACUAGUGUAUAAGGAAAAUUUAGGAUACACGAACUGAUGACUGAACUCAAUCCUAAAAGUGCCUGAAGGUUUUGGCCUUUUUGAAUGGUAAAUGUAUGGGAUUAUUCCCAAAGGAACCAUGACUCGGACAUCUGUUAUUAUUAUUAUUAUUAUUUUGUUUUUUUUAAUUUGUUUUGUGUUGAGCUUUAAGUCUCGCGAAUGAUGUCAUUAGGAGAUUUCCGUACAAUAGAAUGUGUAACAAUGUGUUAUCAUCUGCACCUUCAACCCAUGUUUUGAAUCUGGAGCGCGGGGCCAAGAAAAAACCGCGCCGCCCGGUUCUUUUUGAAAAACGAUCAAACAAGCCAGUAUGUUUCCUCUGCGCCCUCGACAGAAGGCCUGACUUGUUUUUUAACGAUCUCUCUCUUCUCAUGUGUACAAAUGAUCAUCGUUUCUGUAAACUGUGUAGCUGUGUAAAUCACUGCAAUCAUCUCUGCUCUGUUCACUUUAACCACUCUCCUCUUAGCAGGCCCAAUGAGACGGAGGCUUUGUGAAGAAGUAUUUAUUGCGACGACUUGUGCAAAGGUUCAUAACACUAUUACGUAGAGCUAUCCUUUAUCAGUUCUUUCAGUAUUGUGAUGGUUAGGAUUGGUAUUUUCAUGAAUUUGACUCUUCCUUCUGCGAGAAGAUGGAAGCAUUUUCCUUCCUAAUCGAUGCUUUAGCAGUAUUUUUGAUUCUCGGACGGUCGUGCUGUUGUCGCUUAAAGUUUGUCGGGAGGAAGUCGUUGUCGACAUUUAAUUAUGUUCAUUACCUUCAGUCGCUCUUUUCCUGUGCCAAAUCUGCUUGUGCCCUCCCUGUCUUUUUUUUUUUUUCUUUAUGUUUGUCCGUUUGUGCCUUAUUUAUGUGUGUGCGUUAUCGUACUGUUUACCGGUUCGUGGACGGUACCGAGGGCUGACACAGGCAGGGUGUGGUCACAUUUGAAGAAAAUCAUAACGAUUCAGUGGGAAUCCGCCGAAGGGACCAUGUGUUCUGAUACUGUGUGGUUCUGUGAUUUUUAUUUUUAUUUUUUUCCCCCUCCCAAAGUAGUUGGUGAUUUGUGGGGGGGGGAGGAUGUAAACGUUAGUGUAAAGGUAUAUUGAGUGCGUUUGUCUGGGGUACUCAGCCGACCGGUUCCAGUGAACAGCCAGCCCAUGUUUUCUUCCAAACUACAGUUCCUGUAUCAUAUGUUCUUUAAGAAAGUCUAAAUAAUUUAUAUUUGUGACAAGAAAACCACUCUUCAUGAGAAAUGUGCUGUACAUAUGUUUGGACAUAUGUAAUAAACUUUGUUACACAAUGAAA